UUGACUUUUAUGGUAAAAGGCUUUCACAGCUUGAAGCCCACAUUGACGCUCAGAUAUUCCAGUGAGUCUUUGCGGACAUCGUCCAGCGAAGUCAGGAAGGACAUGUCUUUGGAUGCUAGCUGUUUAGCGACGAUGUGAAGAGCCGCGCACAGAGUCUGAAGCUCUCCUCUCAGGGAAAGUCGGCGAGAGCCCUUCUGUGACUACGGGCCUGUCAGGCAUCCCUCAUCCAUACCAUUCCUGUCAUGAAAGGCAUUUCCAGUAGCCGGAGUCACCAUCAUGUGGUGUCCUAUGGACCAUUAUAUGAUCCACUCGGUCAACAUGUUGACCGCAAGCCAUACUUGAUUCGUCAGAUGGACAUGCCGGUGCCCAUUGCCGUGCCACAUCCUACUGAGCUGUCCUACUACAAUGCUCAGCGUACCUCAUACCCCUCUGACAAUAACAGCAUUGUCCCAUAUGGAACCUUUCCAAGACGAUGCUAUUCCACCUCCUCAUCUCACCAUCCUGAGGUAAAGGAUGAGUGUAUGGCAGUGGUACCAUAUGUAGGAGGAGGAGGAGGAGGGGGAGGAGGAGGUGGUGGAGGCUAUGGAGGUAAAACACCCACCCGGGUACCAGCAAACUUUACAGAGUUUGAGCGCCAGCCAUCAUUUUCCAGAGAUGGUUACCACACACUGCAGUACAAACGAGGAAUACUGGCCCAGAGUGGGGGAAUGGGGUCCAACAGCAACAAUGACAGCCCAGGGAGGAUUCGCCAUCUGGUCCACUCAGUCCAGAAACUUUUCACCAAGUCACAUUCAUUGGAAGGGCCACAUCACACACAGCCCUUGAAGGGGGGCAAUAAUGGGAGUGUUAAUGGUGGUGUUGGUGGGGGAGGAGGUGGUGGUGGUGGUUCAAGGGCAAGUCCAGAGGGUGAAGCUCCGGCAGUGGGAGUGCACCAGCGGAAACGCAGCAAAAGCCGUGAGCGCUGUCGAUCAGCUGAGCCCAAACAUCGAAGCCACCACCACCAUCACCACCAGCUCCACGGCUCAGCAUCUGCACCAGGCUCUGGAUAUUGGAGCUCAGAUGACAACCUGGAACGGGAGCUGUGUCUUUACCACCCUCACCACCACCAACCUCCGCCCUCACCUUCACCUUCCAUUUCUCCUUCGCCAAUCACAAUGACAAUGGGCCGGUACCAUGGCAACAACUCUGACAAGUUCCCGCUGAGUCCGCUACCCAAUCUUGCCUCCCCACAGUCACAACAGUACUUCAUGAUGGACCCUUAUGGCACAAUCAGUGAACACACACACACCCAUGCACAUCACGGCCACUCACACCACCAUUCUGCACUCAAAGCCUCCCGGAGCAACAACGACGUGAAGUAUGCAGCGUCAUCUUCUUGUUUGCCAGUUAGUGGUAACAGCAAUAACAUCGGUGGCGGUAUCGUUGGAGGAAGUGGUCCCUUGAUGCCUCUGAGUCUUGUGGACGGACCCCUUGUGAAGAAAGGGGCAUGGUCGUCAAGCCUAACGGUGAGCAGGGCCCGAGAGGUCUACACCAACAACAGCAGCCACAACCAGCUCCAAGCCAGCGCAGGAUCUGUUAAUCUAAACCUAGAUAGAGCUCUAGUCAAAUCUAAGGGCAGUCAGCAGCAGGAGCGCACUUGCCAUUUCCUACAGGUACCUCAGGAUGAGUGGAGCGGCUUCUCUCCUUUGGGAAAGGAGGAUGACAUUCCGUGUCGACGAAUGAGGAGCGGCAGCUACGUCAAAGCCAUGACUGAGGAUGACAGCGGAGACUCCGAUGGAAGUCCCAAACCCUCCCCCAAGAUUCAAGCCCGACGCGCCAGCUACCUGAAAGCCACGCAGCCAUCACUGACAGAGAUGACCACCCUACAGAUUUCAUCAGAACACUCUCCAAAGCUGCAGAUCCGGAGCCACAGUUACCUGCGUGCGGUGAGUGAGGUUUCCAUCAAUAGAAGCCUGGACACCCUGGACCCCAAAACCCUCCUCGACCCCAAAUCGCUGCUCUCCUCACCCCAAUACCGCUCACGCAAUGAAAGCUACAUGAGGGCCAUGAGCACCAUCAGUCAGCUGAGUGAACUUGAAGUGAACGGACAAAUCGAGCAAGUGUGUGAGCAGGUCUACAGUGAGAUGCAGGCUCAGGCCAUGGAGGCCGCCAUGGACAACAUGGACACCAUGGAUACUUUGCCCAUGCCAGGGUGUUUCCGAAUGCGGAGCCACAGCUACGUGAGAGCGAUCGACCAGGGCUGCGCUGGCGAGGAGGAUGGAGAAGGAGGAAGACCACUGCUCCUGCUGCCGUCAUCUCCACCACGCACAUCUGCCACAACUGUCAGGACCAUCCAGAGUAGCACAGUUUCAUCUUGUAUCACGACAUAUAAGAAAACUCCACCACCGGUGCCACCGCGAACCUCCACCUGCUCGACAGCCUCCAAGCCCUACAUCUCCAUCACAGCACAGAGCAGCACCGAGUCUGCACAGGAUGCUUACAUGGAAGAAGAGGGACCAAGGGGGGACAUGACUAUCCAGUCAGGGCUCAGCAACUCCACUGAAAGCAUCGACAGCAUGAAGGCCUUGACUGCUGCCAUCGAGGCUGCCAAUGCACAGAUACAUGGACCAGCCAGUCAGCACGUCAGCAACAGUACCAUGACAAGCAGCCCUCAUGUACCUUCAGUCCUGAGCAGGGGCCGUAUUGUUGAAGACUACCGUGAUGAAUACAGAAAAGAAGCACUCAGGAAGGGCAAAUGUCUCUCCAUAGGGAUUCAGGUAGAUGGACCAGAGGACGUUCCGGACCCAGAGGACCCAUCCAAGUUCACUUCUGUCGGCGUCCAAGUGGAGAAUGAUAGAGGGUACCGCCGCUUCCAGCGCUCUAAUAGUGUAACAGCAGCUGUGCAAGCGGACCUGGACAUGCCAGACCUGCUUGAUGCUCCUCUGGACUCUCCGGACACCGACGUAGAAGUCCUGUCGUCUGGUGCCCUAUCUCGUCAAUACUCCCGCGAUGCCGCCGCCUCAACCGUCAGCAUCCAGGGCUCAGGGAAUCAUUACCACGCCUGUGCCUCCGAUGACUAUGAGGAUGUGGGCUUUGACCCAUCCAUCCUCCCUCCUCCAGACCCUUGGAUUGAUAGCGUCGGCGAUGACCCACUUGAUGUCAGCAUCAACAGCUCGGCUAUCUUAGAAGUGGUGCAGAGGUCAGCCUGUCAGCGAGACGGACACUGGUUCCUGAAGCUGCUGCAAGCUGAGACCGAGCGCAUGGAGGGCUGGUGUCACCAGAUGGACAUGGACCAACAACAGCAUGACCUUCCUGAGGACAUUCUCGGGAAGAUGAGGAGUGCUGUUGGAAGUGCUCAGCUAUUGAUGUCAAAGAAGUUCCAGCAGUUCAGGGAGCUGUGUGAGGAGAACUUGAACCCCAAUGCCCACCCUCGUCCUGUCGCCUCCGACCUGGCUGGUUUUUGGGACAUGCUUCAGUUGUCCAUCGAGAACAUUAGCCUCAAGUUUGAUGAGCUUCACCAACUCAGAGCCAACAACUGGAGACCCCUUGACCCGCCUGAAAGAAAGGAGAGACGGCUCCCACCUCCUGUACCCAAAAAGCCACCCAAGGCCCCACACCAUCACCCCCCUCUGGCCAGAGACCGCUCGCUGGAGAGUUCAGAGAAACAGCGGCAGGAAGCUAGGAAGCGUCUGAUGGCGGCCAAGAGAGCUGCUUCUGUGCGACAAAACUCUGCCACCGAGAGCGCAGACAGCAUUGAGAUCUACAUCCCUGAGGCCCAGACCCGGCUGUGAGAACAUGAUCAUAGUACAGUACAUUAUACGCAACUAAUACAUGUUACCUAUGUUAAGUAUACAGGCAGCAGGCUAAGAAUGCCACCGCUCUGAUGAAGCCAUGAGAGAAAUGCUCGAUGGGGCACUGCACAACUUUUGUCAUGAUGGAUGGUCAUUAAAGUAGUUUAGUUCUGCUCAAUUAGGGGGUUUAGUACCAACACUGGGCCUCAUUCAGCAAUAACCUUGGGACAUUCAUUGCUUUCCUAACUCCAACACUCAACAGCAAACGUGGGCACAUAUGAGUUCCAACAUACCCUUUGUUUGUAAAUAUUUAUUUUAUUUUAUUAAUUGUUUUUAUUAAGUGAAAAUUAUUAUUUAUAUUAUUUUAUGAAUGUGACUUGCUCCUCUCCAGCUGGUGCUGCAUGCUGUCAAAAAAAACAAAACAAAAAAACGCUGUCUUUUCCUCUCUAUGGAAGGACGGCAGUGAUAAGCACCUUCUAGCUCACGAACGCCCCCACCCCUCAGGAUGACGUGAGUACUGCAGUGCCUCCGGUAUGAAAUUUUAUAUAUUUUAUUGUGGGAUUAGCAAGAAUAAUGAUGUCCCACUUACACUGAAGACAUUGCACAGCCUGUAGAAAGUCAUGGUGUAAGAAGUCAUGGUUUCUGCAACAUUGUUUUAUUGGUGACAUGCUGACAAACAGAAACUGGCAGUCACCAUCUUCCAAUUUAGUGCACUUACUGAGUGCACUCAGAUGGUUGGCAGGGCUUGUGGGGGCCUCAUCUUACUUUCUGCCUGUUAUUUCAUCAGGAAUUGUGCAAUUUCAGGGAUUUGACUUAAUAAAAUGUUCAAAAAAAUUGGAAUCAUGAGGAAAACACAUUUAUAAUGCAGUUCAAUGGACAAAUAUUAAUAUAGAUUUUAUGUUAUCAUUAUUCCUCUAAACUGCUACUCCCCUGACCGUACGUCACUGCUCACAGCUGUUAUUCACUUGCCAGCUUGCUCAUGGAGAUGUGACGUUCACGAAGAAGUCAAAUCGUUUGAACGCCUCAUUUAAGUCGACGAUGAGAACAUAUUCGCAGAUAUAAGAAUAUUGGGGAAAAAAAUGAGCCGUACUGAUACACAACUAGGAAUCGGUUCUCCUUGUUUACUUUAAAGAGCCGUUUCAAAGACUUGACCCGCUUGUGAACAUCUCACCUCUAAGCCACACAAAAAAUGGAUUCAACAAUGGCGAGUUGGAGCAGUCUGUGGAGUUAAAAGUGUCAUUUUGAGGAUGUACACUAAACAAAAAUAUAAAUGCAACACUUUUGUUUUGGCUCCUGUUUUUCAUGAGCUGAACUCAAAGAUCUAAAACUUCUUCUAGGUUCAUCUCUCUCAAAUAUUGUUCCCAAACCUGUCUAAAUCUUUUAGUGAGCAUUCAUCAUUCAUGAUUCAUAAUCUCUCCACCGCACUGUACAGAGAUACUGUGACGAGAGCCUGAGGCCCACUGUUGUGUCAUUUAUCCACAUGCAUCGCCUCAUGUUGCAGCAUGAUAAUGCACAGCCCCGUGUUGCAAUGAUCUCUACACAAUUCCUGGAAGCUCGAAAACAUCCCAGUGCUUGCAUGGCUAGCGUACUCACCCGACAUGUCACCCACUGAGCAUGUUUGUGAACAUUAUUUGAGAUAUGUGGGUCUUUUGUGUACUUAGAAAAAGUUGUAGAUUUUUCAGUUCACCUAUUUUUGUUGAGUGUAAGUACAGCCAUCCCAUGUGAUGCUACUCAGCCAAUCUGUAAAUCUGUUCUGUAAAUUUCAAUUUAAGUUGAAUACCCCUGUCUUAGGGUGAGUCCAGCCACCCUGUGAAGGAAACUCAUUUCGGCCGCUUGUAUUCGGUCACUACCGAAAGCUGGUGACAAUAGGUGAGGGUACGAACGGAGAUGGACCACUAAAUGGAGAGCUUUGCGUUCUGGCUCAGCUCUCUUUUCACCACGAGGGUCCAGUACAGCGACCGCAUACUGUUGAUGCCGCGCCUGAUCUGACUGCCUAUAUCACGCUACAUCCUUCCCUCAACCCCAAGAUACUUGAACUCCUCCAUCUGAGGCAAGGCCUCACUAUGUUGGCUAUGUGAACCACUACACUACUAUUGGUGUCAUACUUUUAAAUACUUAAAUACUAUUCUACAACAUGGCUUUAGAAUCACAGGGAACCACACUAACACGACUAAAAUCAUAUUGUUUUUGUGUGUUUGUAUUAAAACAUACAGCACAUUGGUGAUGAAUCGGGGUGUUACGGUCCACCAUCAUCAUGGUUUGGUACGUACCUUGGUUUUAAGGUCACGGUUUGGUUAUGAAUGAAUCUUUUUUUUGUAGUAAAGUACGUGUAUAUUGACUGAAAGGACAAGUGUUCCUAAACAUGAGACUUUAAGCUUUUCAAGCUCUGGCCAUGAAUCCUAAGUCCAAAGACUGGACUGCACUUGGCAUGGAGGAACACGGUACACCCCUAUAUCAAACCCGAAGGUUUUGUAACAAAACAUGUGCACCCCUAGUGGUGAUGAAUGGCUUUGUUCCUCUUGAAAAGUGCCUAGAAAGGACAACAAACACAUGUUAUUGGUGAAUAAGGCUCAUUGUUGCUGCUCUCUAUUGGAAUAAGAUUAUCUGAAUAAGAUUAUCUACCAGUAUUAUCUCUUAUAUACAAUAUUUCCAUUCAUAUAUCUACUUUUAAUUGUAGUCAUCGAGUCAAUUACAUGCACCUAAUAACCUAAAGCAGGCGUUUUCAGUGUGGGACAAUGAGCCUCCUGUCAGAGAACAUAAAACAGCUUGAACCCUCUCAUAAUCCAUGCCCUCUAACUUGUCAUUGUUAUGGUCUACCAACUCAUUUGUUUGAAUCAUAUAUGUUGCAUUGUUAUACCAUAUUCAUGCAUAUAUUUUGGGCUAUCUAUAAUCAUAUUUCUGCGAUUGGCUGGCGACCAGUCUAGGGUGUACCCCGCCUCUCGCCCAAGGUCAGCUGGGAUAGGCCCCAGUAUCCUCGCGACCCAAGUGAGGAUAAGCGGCAUAGAAGAUGGAUGGAUGGAUAUAACUGUAUUUAAAAAUUAAAGACAAACAUCAAAUGUUCCCUACCAAGCUAAAAAAGUAUCACACGGGUCUGACACUGUGCAACACGGGUAACACACCAUUUUGAAUAGUCUUAUUUUGUUAUCACCCCAUUAAUUUUGGGAUGUGGAACAUUUUUACGUUUUUUCAGACACAGAUCAGUGACAUUUUAUACUAAUGGCUACGCUCCUGAUCAAAAUUUUAAGACCAGUUGAAAAAUUGCAAUAAUUUACCUUUUGCGCUGUUGGAUCUUAAGGAGGUUCUAAGUAGAGCUUUAAAAUGCAAAAAGAAGACAUGGGAGUGAGACAAAACAUUUUUUGAGUAAGUAAUUUAUUGCAAACAAGCAUUAAAGAGAAAUAGGCUGUUCAUUAACUGAAACUGAGUUUAAAAUUGUAGCUCAAAAAACCCUGAAACAAGCCUGAUAUGCAAAUGAAAUGUUUAAAAAAGCAUUCAGUAAUGAGUAUCUGCACCAUUCUUGUUAAUCACCUGAAAAAUUGUUUUGGGCAUGCUUGAUGCCAGUGUUUCCAGAAGGCUAGUGGGAAUGUUGCUCCAGGUGGUGAAGAUGGCUUCACGGAGGGCAUCCACUGUCUGGAACUGAUGUCCUUUUUUGUAAACCUCCCUUUCCAUCCAUCCCCAAAUGUUCUCAGCUGGAUUUAGAUCAGGGGAAGACACAGGAUGGUCCAAAAGAAUGAGCUUUUUUUUGUCUGGAAGAAGUCCUUUGUCAGGCGGGAAUUGUGAGCUGCAGCGUUGUCCUGUUGAAAUAGCAUUACCACACAGGCGAUGGCCUUCCCCUGCAACAUCUCCACAUAGCCAGCUGCCGUUUGACGUCCCCGCACAACCCAAAGCUCCUUUGUUCCGUUGAAGGAAAGAACACCCCAGAUCGUCCCGCGUCUUGACGGACAGCCAAUCUGAUCUCAAUCUGACAUUUUUGGGGUCAACCUCUUGACUUUUUGUUCCAUAGCCCUAAGGAUCUUUGAAGAGGUUUAAAAUGACUGUCUUACUACGUCCAACCUCAGCAGCAAUGACGAGCGGCCUUGCUUAUACAGCUCAACAAUCUGACCGACUGUGUUCAAAGAGAGAAAGCUUUUUUGCCAUCAAGAGAUCAUGACAGUGUGAAUACCUGACAGAAAAUGACAUUGAACCCACAUUUUUGCCAAGAUUUUGGCUUUUAAAUGUCGUGGUCUUAAACUUUUGAUGAGCUGAUGAACAGCCCUGUUUAACUUUAGUUCUUCUGUACAAUAAAUUGCUUAGUCAAAUUUGUCUUUUUUUUGUCUCACUCCCAUUUCUUCUUUUUGCAUUUUGAAGCUCUUCGUAAAACAUCCUUAAGAUCCAACAGUGCAAUUCUUGCUUUUUAAACUGGUCUUAAAAUUUUUAUUAUGAGUGUAUAGGCAACACCCCACUCUACAUUUCAAAUCUUAUUAAAAUAGUUUUAUGAAUUAAAUGAAAACUGUUGUUUUGUGGAUGACAAUUGUAAGGAUGCGAAGACAGAAGCAAUUCCUGACAAACAUAGCGUGCAGUAGAACCUCAGUCAGCGUACGCCCUAGUUAGCCAGUUUUUUCCAUAAAAUUUUUGCCUCGAUUUGCGUGCAUUUUCCAGUUAGCGUACAAUAUGGCAAUCUUCUUGUGUUAUUAAUACUUUAUUAAUUGUUUUUAUUAAUUUGUUAUUAAUAUUUUAUCACAAAACAUCCUUGUUACCAUCCUUUGCUAACAACCGGACCGGGAGGUCAGCGAUAUCGCUAGUUUUUGAUGUCAUCAGCGGUUGACUCUCAAAUAUGUUAACACAAAACACGUUUUUAUAGUUGUAAAAUUAUAGUUUUACAUGCAUAAAACAAUUGUAAAUGAAUAUAAAUGACAAAUGGAAGGGAUAAAUAAACAUCUAAUGUUACUUUUACCUUCAUUGAAGACCUCCAAAAGACACGGUGUUGCCUCGAGAUCAACACCCUUCUUUUCAACAACACCUUUGUGUUUUGCUAUGAGGAGGAAAGUGUUGUCGCUGCCACAUCGUGUCUUUGGGAACAGUCAUGUCAAGAUUCACGAAUUCAAUGAUGGUAAAAGUAACCUUCAAUGUUCAUUUAUCCCUUUCAGUCAUCAUUUAUAUGCAUUUCCAAUAGUUUUCUGCAGGUAAAUCUAUCAUUGUGAAACUAUAAAAAGGUGUUUUGUGUGUUCUGGAACAGAUUAUUUGGAUUUACAUAAUUUCCAAUGGAAAUGGAUUUGGUUAGAGUACAUUUUGGUUAGAGUCGGACUUUCUAGAGCAAUUUAAUUACGCUAACCAAGGUUCCACUAUAUAAAAUAACAGCUACAUCAAAAACGGUUGAGGUGAAACAAAGAGGCAAGCAGGAAGACAAAAUAAAAAAAAUGUACUACUCAAAAAUUGCAAAAAGCAUGAACGUGUGUACUUCAGAAUAAGGAAAGAUACUGGGGACGGACAAGGAAAACAGUUCUUCCAGUUGUUGGAAGUGUAAAAUGAAGUACAAUCCGUUGUCUUCCUGCUUAAAGGGAUAGUUGGGAUUUUUUGACAUGAAGUUGUAUGACAUCCCCAUCAACACUGUCGUCUGUCAACAGCAACUCACCCCCCACUUGG